GCAGCCGCCGCCGCCGCCGCCGCCUCCUCCGCCGCCUCCGGAGGGGAACAACGCCGGGGAGCGGGAUGAUGAUGUGCCUGCAGAUAUGGUUGCAGAAGAAUCCGGUCCUGGUGCACAAAACAGUCCCUACCAGCUUCGUCGCAAAACUCUUUUGCCUAAAAGAACAGCUUGUCCUACAAAGAGCAGCAUGGAGGGGGCUUCCACUUCAACUACUGAAAACUUUGGGCAUCGAGCAAAACGCGCCAGAGUGUCUGGAAAAUCCCAAGACCUCUCAGCAGCACCUGCCGAACAGUAUCUCCAGGAGAAGCUGCCAGAUGAAGUGGUUCUGAAGAUCUUCUCGUACUUGCUGGAGCAAGAUCUCUGUCGAGCAGCUUGUGUGUGUAAGCGGUUCAGCGAGCUUGCUAACGAUCCCAUUUUGUGGAAACGUUUAUACAUGGAAGUGUUCGAGUACACGCGUCCCAUGCUGCACCCCGAACCCGGCAAGUUCUAUCAGAUCAAUCCGGAAGAAUACGAACACCCGAAUCCUUGGAAAGAAAGCUUCCAGCAGUUGUACAAAGGAGCCCACGUAAAGCCGGGAUUUGCCGAACAUUUCUACAGUAAUCCUGCAAGAUAUAAAGGAAGAGAAAAUAUGUUGUAUUACGACACCAUCGAAGACGCUUUAGGGGGAGUGCAAGAAGCACACUUCGACGGGCUGAUCUUCGUUCAUUCCGGCAUCUACACCGACGAGUGGAUUUACAUCGAGUCUCCCAUCACCAUGAUCGGCGCAGCCCCUGGAAAAGUGGCCGACAAAGUGAUCAUCGAGAACACUAGAGAUUCGACCUUCGUCUUUAUGGAAGGCUCCGAGGACGCCUACGUCGGGUACAUGACCAUCAGGUUCAACCCCGACGACAAGUCCGCCCAGCACCACAACGCCCAUCACUGCCUGGAGAUCACCGUCAACUGCAGCCCCAUAAUAGACCACGGCAUCAUCCGUAGCACCUGCACGGUUGGGUCGGCGGUGUGUGUGAGCGGCCAGGGGGCCUGCCCCACCAUCAAGCACUGCAACAUCAGCGACUGUGAGAACGUCGGACUCUACAUCACCGACCACGCGCAGGGGAUAUACGAGGACAACGAGAUCUCCAACAACGCCCUGGCGGGCAUCUGGGUCAAGAACCACGGAAACCCCAUCAUCCGACGGAAUCACAUCCACCACGGGCGCGACGUCGGGGUCUUCACGUUCGAUCACGGCAUGGGCUACUUCGAGAGCUGCAACAUCCACAGGAACCGAAUAGCGGGCUUCGAGGUGAAAGCCUACGCCAACCCCACGGUCGUGCGCUGCGAGAUCCACCACGGCCAGACGGGGGGCAUCUACGUGCACGAGAAGGGCAGAGGACAGUUCAUAGAGAACAAGAUCUAUGCAAACAACUUUGCAGGCGUAUGGAUCACCUCCAACAGCGACCCGACAAUAAGGGGCAAUUCCAUCUUUAAUGGAAAUCAAGGAGGAGUUUACAUCUUCGGCGACGGGCGAGGCCUCAUCGAAGGAAAUGAUAUUUACGGCAACGCGCUAGCCGGGAUUCAGAUCAGAACAAACAGCUGCCCCAUCGUCCGACACAACAAGAUCCACGACGGGCAGCACGGAGGGAUUUACGUGCACGAGAAAGGGCAAGGAGUGAUCGAGGAGAACGAAGUCUACAGUAACACUUUGGCUGGGGUUUGGGUGACGACGGGCAGCACCCCGGUUCUGAGGAGAAACCGAAUACACAGCGGCAAACAGGUUGGGGUCUACUUCUACGACAACGGACACGGCGUGCUGGAGGACAACGAUAUCUACAAUCACAUGUACUCGGGGGUUCAGAUAAGGACCGGAAGCAACCCCAAAAUUAGGCGCAACAAAAUCUGGGGCGGCCAGAACGGAGGGAUUCUUGUGUAUAAUUCCGGUCUAGGAUGCAUAGAAGACAAUGAAAUCUUCGAUAACGCGAUGGCGGGCGUCUGGAUCAAAACAGACAGCAACCCCACCCUCAGAAGAAACAAGAUCCACGACGGGCGAGAUGGCGGCAUCUGCAUAUUUAACGGGGGGCGAGGGCUUCUGGAAGAGAACGACAUCUUCAGGAACGCCCAGGCGGGCGUCCUCAUCAGCACCAACAGUCACCCCGUCCUGAGGAAAAACCGGAUAUUUGAUGGGUUCGCCGCAGGGAUUGAGAUCACAAAUCACGCCACCGCAACGCUAGAAGGCAAUCAGAUCUUUAACAACCGGUUCGGAGGCUUAUUUCUAGCGUCGGGCGUGAACGUGACGAUGAAAGAUAACAAAAUAAUGAACAAUCAAGAUGCCAUCGAAAAGGCCGUCAGUCGGGGCCAGUGUCUCUAUAAAAUCUCCAGUUACACCAGUUACCCCAUGCAUGACUUUUACAGGUGUCACACCUGCAACACCACAGACCGGAACGCCAUAUGCGUCAACUGCAUCAAGAAGUGCCACCAGGGACACGACGUAGAGUUCAUCAGGCACGACAGGUUUUUCUGCGACUGCGGAGCCGGGACGCUGUCCAACCCCUGCACGUUAGCCGGCGAACCCACCCACGACACAGACACGCUAUACGACUCCGCCCCGCCUAUAGAGUCCAAUACGUUGCAGCACAACUGAACUCCUUCCCUAAGGAGAGUCCCGCCGUCCUCGACCGACCACCGUUACCUGUCCAGACUCUCUUUUGGAGGAAGAUCACCCACACUCGCCCGUUUCUGCAGGAAGAGACCGUCUCCCAACGGAUGCGUCAAAAGGCGUCGACACUAGGAAGCUCAACCUACCAAAAAGAAAGUGGCAAUAUGUUGACUCAGGAUAAUGGAACUGGGCGUUUUAGCAUUACUGUGUAAAAGACUCUGGGAAGGGACAGAAGUGAAGAAAAAUAAGCUGCAAUUUUGUACAGAUACCAACUCCCGACAAGCUGGUGUUUUUACAACUCGCCUUGAACGAACGCGGUCCGAUUUGCAGUCUUACCAUUCAGUAGACAGAGCAGCAGUUGUUUGCUGCCUUUAUGGACAUGGGUACCGAUUUGCUUUUGUAACAUGGUAAAAAAAAAAAAAAAAAUGUGAGCUAGCACUUCUGCAUUUCUUUUGAUUUUUUUUUUAACAUGUAUUCGGAUUGAGAAAUAUGAUUUUAAUGCUUUAAUCUCAUGUAGUUUGUUUUUAAUUUCGAGCAGAAAUCUUUAUUGUACUUGAACGUGUCCCGUUUCGUUAGCGCACCUAGACUCGCUGUACCUGUACUCAUGUCCCAGUAUGUACGUACGUUCUUUCUAUGAAAGAGAAAACACUAAUCUUAAAUUAUA